AUGAGCUCAAUCCAAGUAGCUAAUUAUCAAACAGGCAGUUCACCAACUCCUGAUUUAAGAGAUGACUUCCUCAAGAAUUGUCUCAAAUGCAAGAAGAAUUUGGAAGGAAUAGACACUUACAUGUACAGAGGCGAUGCAGCAUUUUGCAGUGAUGAAUGUCGUGAUGAGGAGAUUUUAGCUGAUCAUUUGAGAAUGACAGAGAGGAAAACCAUGAAAAAAUCCCUUGAAAAAAGUCUCAUCUCAAGCAACAACAAGGUCAUCUUCUUCGUCGGUGAUGUGCCUCUUUCUGCAUACAAAAAUGGGUUGUGA